AUGGGCAAACCCAACAAAAAAAUAAAAUCAGACCGCAUUAACGCUUUAAGGAAACAAUACGACGCGUUCCUCGAAGAGGAUAAGAAACGUAAAGAUCGUAAUGAGUACAUUUUGGAGAGACUCGAUGAAAUGCGUUGUUGCACAAUGACGGCGCAAGUGCGUCAUGAACAAAAGGCUAAUUCCUUAAGUGAUUUCGACCAACAAACACAGUAUGACCGUAAAACAUAUAUACGAAGAACUUUACCCUCAUACGAUAAAUCAAGAUCACGAGUGUUAAAUCAACAAACAUCUCCAAGCGUGCAAGGAGGAUCUUUAAAUGAAGCGGCUUUAUUAAAAGAAAUAAGCAAAAAAUAUAUACUAAUUCCGAGAUACACAAAUAUGAUUGAAUAUGAUAACAAUUUAUCUAUGAAAUCUAAUAUUGAUGAUAACAACGAUUGGAAAAGUAAAUACAACAUUCUAGAGGAAUUAAAGAAGAGCGAGAAAGAAGAAGAACCGAGAACUGAAGCAAUUGUGGCUAAUGAACUCACCUCUAGAAUUAAAAAUAAUUUAGAACCGAAAGAAAAAAUAAAAGAGGUAAAAAUUAACGACGAUGAUUGUAAAAACGAUUUUAAAAACAAUAUAUACAACGAAAAUCAUGUUUCCACAACAAAAACGCUAAUGGAAAAAGAAUAUUCUAAUAACAUUGAAGAAUGUCAAGCAGAGUCUCCGAUAAAAGAAAAUACAGACAUAAGUAAAGUUUUAAGGAAUGAAAAUUGUAAUGCAAUGGAUAGUCGCGUAGCUGCGGUAGAAUUAACUGAGAAGGAAAAAAUACAAAACGAUUAUGAAAUACUACUAAAACCGAAAGAGGAAUACGGAUCUACUAAAGAAAUUGAAUAUAAUAAUCAAAAACGAAACAUCAAUAUUGAUAAUCAAGAAGCUACGCAAGCAUUACCGAAAACUGAGAAACCUCAGCCGUAUGAAACAAAUGUAAUGAAUGAAGAAAAUAUUGAAAAACAAAAUAUAUACAGUAAGAGUGAAAAUAGUGAUACGGUUGCAACAGAAUCAAGUAACAUAUACAACGCACUACAUGAACCACCUUCAGAUAUAAAUCUAGAGCAAACAAAAAUUACGGAUAAUACUUCUGUAAACAAUCAUAAUGAACUUCUGUUAAAUGAAGAAGUGUUACAAGAGGUUUCAAAUUUAAAAGAAGGAAGUUAUGAUGUGAGUCAAGAUAGAAACAAUCAAAAUGAUACUAAGAUAUCAACUGAUAUUGAAUUUAUUGAGCCUAUUGAUUUAGUUCAACAAUACGAACAACCAGAAAAGUGUGAACAAAAUAUUGAAAAUACUUUUGAUGAAAAUCAAGUUCAAGAAUAUGAAGCCGAACAACAAGAAAUGUUUUAUACGGAACAAAGAGAUAAUGACUAUACGUAUGAUCAAACUGGCACAAACGACAACGCUGACAUAGACUACGCAAAUAAUGAGAAAUACAAUCAAAAUGAAAACUAUGCUUAUUAUGAAGGAGAUUCACAAGAACAAACUUACCCUCGGGAAAUAGAUGAACACGAAGAAUCCACUGAACAAUACGAUCCCCAUUACGAAGACCAAUACGGAAACUAUGAUCAAAAUCCACCACAAAAUGAAUCCGUCGAACAAUAUGGAACUGAAGAUUAUAUAAAUCAGCAAGACUAUAAUCAACUACAAUAUGAGCAAACGGAUUAUAACUCUGAAAAACAAAUUGAACGACAAUUAGACAGUGAACAAGAUUACGUGGAACCUCAUAAUAUAAUAGAAGAAAAUAACGAAAGUAAUAUGCCACAACAAACGAUUCAAGAAAACGUAAACACUGAACAAGAGGCAACAGUUAAAUAA